AUGUCACAAGCACAUAGACCGACAUGGAACCCCACUCAAGGUCGAGAAACCAAAGCUGGUUCUCAACAAAUAUCCAAGUUAUCUUUGGCGGCACAUACGAAACUUAAAUUUCGACAACCAGGUCAAACUUCGACUGGAGAAGUCGCUCGUAGAGAUUUGAAAGCGGAGUUGAUACAAGCUGAACGAAAUGCUUUGGAGAAGAAGAGGAAAGCUCAAGGACUACCUUCUCUUCUCCCUCCUCCCUCUUCUUCCGAUCAGGAGAGCUCGGGUUCGUUGAGAAUCGAUAAUGGAUCUUCGACUUCUUCAGGGCCAGGAGAAGAUGCGGAAAGUGUUAAAAGAAGAAAAGUGUUGGAAGAAGCUGCCGAAUUAGAUAAAGACGAAGACAGUGACGACGAAGGCGACAAAAAGAAUGGAAAUGGAGAUGCAAAUGGGAAUGGGAAAGGAAAAGGGAAAGAAGUGAAUGGUGAUGACGACGACGACGACGAAUCUGAUUCAGACUCUGACUCGGAUGAUGAAGAUGAUACAGCUGCUCUAAUUGCGGAAUUGGCAAAGAUCAAACAGGAAAGAGCAGAGGAGAAAGCCAGACUUGACGCAGAACAAUCAGCAUCAGCCUCCCAAUCUCGUGAAGCUGAAAUUGCACUCGGAAAUCCUCUUCUUAAUUUACAAGCUGCCCUGGGUCAAUCACCAACAACACCUUCAACUCCUGGGUCAACAACCUCAGGAGCGACAAGCAAUUUCGCAGUCAAAAGACGUUGGGAUGAUGAUUUGAUUUUCAAGAAUCAAGCCGGCAACUUGAAUGAUAAAUCCAAGAAAGGAGAAUUCGUCAAUGAUCUGUUGAGGAGUGAAUUCCAUAAGAAAUUCAUGAACAAGUGA